UUUUUACGUCCUCCCCUCCCAUUAGUAGAACAAUGGUUCAGUCCAAAGUGUAGGCGGAGCAACAGCAGCACUGAAUGGCACAGGCUCCAUCAGAGCCGCUGAAGUGAGGAGCUAGCUGUUAGGUAUAGCUCUGCAGCACAAAUAAAAACCCCUCCAGUAAGUAAAUAUUUACAGCAAAAGACAUGCAAACAUUUUAUUUACUUUCACUGCUCACAGGAAAGACACACAUUAACUGAGGCCUACUCAAAACAAUCAUGAUCCGUCUAAUAUUUUAACAUGCGCUAAAGUUAAACAUCAUUAAAACUAGCAUAAUUAAACUAAUAUUUAACCAACAUACUGAAAAGAAAUUACAAAAUAUCCAAAGAUCUCAUUAUCUAGCUCAUAGAUUUUGUCAUUCCAAAAUUUAUUUUUACACAUUUGGUGAGGAUGAAAAUUUUCACUCUAAAAAUGUGAAAUUUUUAAUGUACAAACUCUUCAAAUAAUGCUCAUCUGGGAAAUUUGAAGAAAUUAUGUCUUAGCAAACUGGUGGGGCAACUGUGGAAGUCUAUGUCAUAAAAUGGCAACAGAGUGGAGAAAAUAUUUUACUAACAGACGUCUGACUAACACUCCUAUCAGCACUUAUCUAAUUGUUUAAUGGAGCUUCAGAUUCAUAUUCUUUGUUUUUACAGGCUUACCCAAAAGUCAGGUGGCAGUAGAUAUGUUAAUGAAACAAGAAGAAACCAAAGACCUGCUGAACAACCAUCACAGAAACGGAAAAGGAUAUGUUGUUGUCGACUGUGGAGAUGAAACAAUUGACUUCACUGUUCACAAAGUUAUGGAAGGAGGAUCCCUCAAGAAGCUGUAUGAGGCCCCUAAAAACGAACUGGGAGGACAAACAGUGGACAAAAAAUUUAAAUUGUUUCUGAAAGAAAUUUUCUCUAAUGGAGUCUGGGAUGAAUACGAACAAAGCUUCCCCAGUGAGGUUCAGAAAAUCAUGUAUGAUUUUAUUUGUCUUAAACAGCUGGAUGAAGAUGUUCAGAUCAACUGUCCAUUUAACUUGGGAAUGUUGGCUGAGGAACAUAAAGAGAUUAAAACGUUCUUUGAUUCAGUGGAAGGAGCUUCCUGGGAUGAUGGAUCUAUCAGAAUCUCCAGAGAGAAACUGAAAUCUUUCUAUGAUGAGAGUCUGCAGGGAAUCACCAAGAGCCUUGGAGAAAUAUUAGACAAAAAUCUCAACAUUGGUAAUAUUGUGUUGGUGGGGGGUUUGGCUGAGAACCAGAUUCUACGUCAGCACAUCACUGAUCAGUUUGGACCUCAGUAUAAAGUCCUGUGUCCUCUUAGACCCCAGGAAGCGAUCCUGAAAGGAGCCAUAGAGUUGGGGAGAAACCCGAAGUUGGUGGAGUCUCAGAAAAAACAUCCAGCUUGGUUGAAUUUCUUUUUUGAGAAUUUUAAAGAGUAAAAAAAAUGUGUUUCUUACUGUACUUUAACCGUGUACUGUACUGAUAACAAUGUUCAGUAUCUAGGAAACCAGGUGUAAAGAAGUUUUUUUUUUUGGUCAGUCUCUUCAUUAACUCAUGUAUCAUCACCAUACAUGUGCAUGUGUCAUUGGAUUUAAUCAAAUUAAGGAAAUAAGAGGCAUACUUUCAGAAUUAACAGUCAUCUGCUGCUGGAAAAUUCUCCAAACAAUACAUUCUGUACAGUUACUAUUUUCUGCUGUCGAUUUAUGUAUCACUCUUUAACCUUUUUUGUUAUGUUUGAGGAGAGUCUGCAAGCCUCAAUAACCGAUGUUGAACUUCUUUUUGAACUUGAUGUGACAUGCUAAGAUUUUAUCUAUUUGUGUAAAGUGAUAUUUAAAUCAUCAUUUGUACAUGACUGCUAUAACUAUCCAAUAAAAAUUUUGCAAAACAAAAUUGUUUGGAAUUGAA